UGCGUGCCGGGGGCGGGGCCAGACGGGGCAGGCGCUCUGACCUCUGUGCCGCGCGCCGGAAGCAGCCUGGGUCGCUGCGCAGAGGCGCGGCGGCUGGACAAUUGGGCUGUUGUCACCAUGCCGGUCGUCCGGAAGAUUUUCCGUCGCCGCCGGGGCGACUCGGAGUCAGAGGAAGAUGAGCAGGACUCAGAGGAGGUUCGAUUAAAACUGGAAGAGACCAGAGAGGUACAGAACUUGAGGAAGAGGCCCAACGGGGUGAGUGCUGUGGCCUUGCUGGUGGGAGAGAAGGUACAAGAGGAGACCACUCUAGUGGAUGAUCCCUUUCAGAUGAAGACAGGUGGUAUGGUGGAUAUGAAGAAACUGAAGGAAAGGGGCAAAGAUAAGAUCAGUGAGGAGGAGGACCUGCACCUGGGGACGUCGUUUUCUGCAGAAACCAACCGAAGGGAUGAGGAUGCAGACAUGAUGAAGUACAUUGAGACAGAGCUAAAGAAGAGGAAAGGGAUCGUGGAACAUGAGGAACAGAAAGUUAAGCCAAAGAAUGCAGAGGACUGUCUUUAUGAACUUCCAGAAAACAUCCGUGUUUCCUCAGCAAAGAAGACCGAGGAGAUGCUUUCCAACCAGAUGCUGAGUGGCAUUCCUGAGGUGGACCUGGGCAUCGAUGCUAAAAUAAAAAAUAUCAUUUCCACGGAGGAUGCCAAGGCCCGUCUGCUGGCAGAGCAGCAGAACAAGAAGAAAGACAGCGAGACCUCCUUCGUGCCUACCAACAUGGCUGUGAAUUACGUGCAGCACAACAGAUUUUAUCAUGAGGAGCUCAACGCGCCCAUACGGAGAAACAAAGAAGAGCCCAAGGCCCGGCCCUUGAGAGUAGGCGACACGGAGAAGCCAGAGCCUGAGCGGUCCCCUCCUAACCGCAAGCGUCCUGCUAACGAGAAGGCAACUGAUGACUAUCAUUAUGAGAAGUUCAAGAAAAUGAAUAGGCGGUACUGAGCUGUGCAGAGUGGGAUGUAAAUAUCGCCUUCCUCUCCCUAUAUCCCUCCCAUGAAAAAUGGCUUCCUGGCCGGGCGUGGUGGCUCACACCUGUAAUCCCAGCACUUUGGGAGGCCGAGGUGGGCGGAUCACCUGAGGUCGGGAGUUUGAGACCAGCCUGACUAACAUGGAGAAACCCAGUCUCUACUGAAGAUACAGAAAAGUUAGCCAGGCGUGGUGGCACAUGCCUGUAAUCCCAGCUGCUCAGGAGGCUGAGGCAGGAGAAUUGCUUGAACCCGAGAGGCAGAGGUUGUGGUGAGCCGAGAUUGCACCUUUGUACUCCAGCCUUGGCAACAAGAGCAAAAAACUCUGUCUCAAAAAAAAAAAAAAAAGAAAAAGAAAAAUGGCUUCCAGGACAGAGCAUGCUCAUUUGCUAGUGGACAGUUCCAGAAACAGACCCUGUUAGUCCUUCUACUUACCUGCUGGAUUUUUCAAGCACUAAAUUUAUAACUUUUUGAAACAAAACAAUGUGUAAUUUUCCAUUUGGGGGCAAACUCUAUUCCUGGGAGCAUUAUUAAAUCUUGUUUGUAAAUAUGUUGUCUUUCUCUUAAUAUUUGCUCUGGGUCAGGAAGAAGCUGUUUAUGGUGUGAUAAUACUCUUUAGAUUGUGCUUUCAUUAUUAUAGAUGCAUCAUGUCUUCUGCUUUCACGUGUCUGGGAUGGGGUCAGAAAUGCAUCCUCCAGCUGACAGAAAAAUCCAGGAUGAGAUCAGAAGGAUACUGGUGUUUUCUGACUUUUACAAAAUUACUUGUUUGUUUUCAUUAAAAAAGAAAAAGCAUAAACUAUGUUUCUUAUUACUAUUAGAAUUAUUAAAUUUCAAAAUGAAUCCAA